AUGCCGAAAGCCACCACAACGGACAAGAAGUCACCGUCACUGAAGCGGCUCAAAACUCAACUGAAAGACGCACAAUCUUCUUUAAUGGACAUCCAGCGUUUUAUUGAUGGUUUCGAGGACCAAGCCUUGUCCAGUGAAAUUGAAGUUCGGCUGGAUAUGCUCGAUGGUUUGUAUGAGACUUUUAGUGAGACCCUCAUCGACAUCAAAUCUCAUGACGAUUUCAUUGAGGGGGACGAAUCGUACGAAAAAGAACGGGUAGAAUUCAGCGAUCGUUACUACGCCGCAAAAUCGUUUUUAAUGGAGAAGCUCAAGCAACGUCAGGAACCAUUGGACCAAUCUCUCCGUCCGGAGAAUACGACAAUUCAAGGCGAGUUCGUCGACCAUGUGCGUUUACCGCAAAUUAAGCUGCAAACAUUUACGGGGGAUGUGGAUGACUGGCUCAGUUUUCGAGAUUUGUUCACAUCUCUGAUUCAUUGGAGGAAGGAUCUCCCGAAGGUAGAAAUACUGCAUUAUUUGAAAGGAUGUUUGCAGGUAACCCGCCGAGGCUGGGAGGAAUACUCAGCCAACAAGGAACAGGAUUCUGUGAAGGACAUGCUAGAGUUUCUUCAGCGACGCACUCACGUUCUCGAAUCAUUGCCAACACGGGGUGCCAGUCAACAACAGCAGAAACCAAGAUCAGCAGUGCUCAAGACUAGUUCCAAUACGGCGCAAACAUCAGAGGGACGUUGUGCAGCAUGCUCUGGUAUUCAUUUGCUACAUUUGUGUUCAGUGUUUCAAAAGUUGACGGUCUCGGACCGAGAAUCUUUGUUGCGGACGAGUUCAUUGUGCAGAAACUGUCUCAAGGCUGGGCAUUUAGCUAAGGAUUGCCAAUCGAAGUUUUCCUGUAAAAAUUGCAAAAAACGACACCAUACUCUACUCUGUUUCAAAUCUGGAAAGGACAAUGCGAAAGUCUCUGUGUCAGCCAAACGAGACAAUGCUUCUCGAACAGAUUAUCAAGCUACAGCAGGUUCGAACUCAAGUCAGACCAAGGAAGCAUCUGAAACAGUGGUCGUUAGUGCAGCUCAGCAGUUCACGACACAAGUGUUAUUAGCAACAGCUGUUAUUGUUGUGGAGGAUGAUAGCGGGAAUCGGUUGCCAGCGCGUGCUCUGCUGGACUCGGGCUCGGAGAGUAACUUUAUCUCUGAACGUUUAAGUCAGCGACUUCGGGUAGCGAGAAGCAAGGUGGAUAUCUCAAUUUCCGGUAUCGGUCAGUCAGCGUCAAGAGUGAAGCAGCAAAUUCUGGCAAAGGUUUGCUCUAGAAUAUCUGAAUUUUCAAAGAAAAUGCGGUUCCUAGUUCUCCCGAAGGUUACGGUCAACCUACCAUCGUCGCCCAUAAACAUAACUGGAUGGACUAUUCCAGAUGGCGUAAUUUUGGCAGAUCCGACAUUCGCAAUGUCCAAGGACGUGGAUAUGGUGCUUGGAAUAGAACAUUUUUUCGAUUUUUUCGGGAGCGGUCAGAGGUUCUCACUGGGAAAUCAUCUACCAACCCUGAACGAAUCUGUUUUCGGUUGGGUAGUUUGCGGUGGUUGCUCCAACAUGAAGUCAUCUCCUCUUAUUAGUUGCAACGCGUCAGCGCGAGAAGGGCUGGACGCCUUAGUUGCUCGAUUUUGGUCCUGUGAAGAGGUUGAUAUGCCAGCUAGCAGUUACUCGCCGGAGGAAGCAAAAUGCGAAGCUCUGUUCGUACGAACGGUUCAUCGUCAGGCAGAUGGACGAUAUUCGGUUACGCUACCAAAAAUAGAAGACGGUAUAUCACGACUAGGCGAGUCAAGGGAUAUCGCUGUUAGACGAUUCCUCGGCACAGAACGAAGGUUGGCAAGGGACUCCAACCUCCGAACACAAUACAGCGCGUUCAUGAAGGAGUAUGAACAGCUAGGACAUAUGCGCAAGAUUGAUGAUCCGGAUUCGGUCAAACGGUGUUACUUGCCACAUCACCCAGUGGUCAAGGAGGAUAGCACCACCACCAAGGUACGUGUGGUGUUCGACGCGAGUUGCAAAACAUCAUCAGGCGUUUCACUGAACGAUGUUCUGCUGUGUGGACCAAUAAUACAGCAGGAUUUGCGAUCACUGAUCUUUCGAUGUCGAGUAAAGCAAAUUAUGUUGGUAGCGGACGUAGAAAAAAUGUUUCGUCAGAUUGGAGUCUGCCCGGAGGACAGGGCAUUACAAUGUGUUCUCUGGCGUCCUACAACUGCUGCAGAGAUUUCAACGUACGAACUCAACACUGUUACGUACGGAACCAAACCGGCUCCAUUCUUGGCUACACGAACGUUGAAGCAGCUGGCAAUUGACGAGAAGGAACGGUUUCCAUUUGCGGCAAAGGUUGUCUGCGAAGACGUCUACAUGGACGAUGUAAUUACCGGAACGGACGAUGUGGACUCAGCUAUUGAACUGCGAAACCAGAUGGACAACAUGAUGUCCAGUUGUGGAUUUCGGCUUAGGAAAUGGGCAUGCAACCGUGCGGAGGUUUUGCAGGAUGUUUCGGAGGACAAUUUAGCAAUUCCAAGCGCUUGUGGAAUCAACCUGGAUCGAGAUCCUUCAGUGAAGACACUUGGAUUGAUCUGGUUACCAUCAACAGACGAGUUUAUGCUGAAGUUAAAUGUUACUCAGACGGAUCCUGGAGAACAAUUAACCAAGCGGAAUGUUCUAUCGAAGAUUGCGUCAAUUUUCGAUCCACAUGGGUGGUUUGGUGCUACAAUAACAACAGCAAAAGUGAUUAUGCAGCAGUUAUGGACGCUCCCAGGCAACGACGGAAAACCGAUAGAUUGGGACCAGAAAAUAUCAUCGAUGGUGGGUGAGAGAUGGAGAAAAUUUGAGGAGCAGUUGCCAGUUCUCUGUUCGGUUCGACUUGCAAGAUGUGUCGUUGUUUCCAAUGCAACAUCCGUUGAAUUGCACUGCUUUGCGGACGCAUCCAAUAAGGCAUACGGCGGAUGUGUAUAUAUUCGAAGCCAAAACGCAAAGGGAGAAGUAAUGGUUCGCCUUCUUAGCUCAAAGUCACGAGUGGCUCCAAUCAAAAUACAGACGAUACCGAGAUUAGAGCUCUGUGGAGCGCUUCUAGUCACUCAGUUGUUCAAGGUUUUGCGGGAAGCGCUAAACAUUUCAGCAGAUGCAUAUUUUGGUCCGAUUCCACGUGCGUACUGUGCUGGCUCGGAUCGAUUCCGUCGACGUGGAAUGUGUUUGUAG